UUUAUUGUAAUCCAUAUCAUUUUGGUACUGUAAAGAGCACAUUUGCCUUGAAUUAUCUGGAUUUACUCAGGAACAUGGCAUUGGCGGUGCUUUAGAGGGUUCUUCCUUGGGUUCUUACGAUAAGGAGUUUUUCGAAACUUGAAAAACGCUGAUCGUCUUUUUGUCAUUCUGAAAAGCUUUGGUCAAUUGCCUCCUGAGGAGAGAAGCUUCAAUCGAGCAGUUUAUUAUUUGAUGUUGUCUGUUGCCUAUUGUGCAGUGAAUACUCCAGAGCCGAAUCCACUCGAGCCGUAUGAUAAAAUACAACCAAGGCCUAAAGUGGUGCUUGACAAGAUUCGUGAUGUGUUGAAUAUGAAAACAAAUGAAUAUCUUUUUGUCACUUUUGACAAAGUUGGUGCUUCUGAAGGAAAGAACAAUUUCUUUGAUCUGAAAGACACAACAGGUGAUUAUCUUACGAUAUACAAUGACUUCUUUUCUGUCAUUCGAGAACUCUGUCAAUAACCCCAUUUAUCUCCUCUCAAGUUGGGAAAGCAGAGGCUGACGUAUACGCAACAACUUAACGGAUUCCUCUAAUGUUCGAUUGGAGUUAUUGUCCCGUUCUUCUUUAGAAAAGAAUCAUAUUGUUGAACAUUUGUAGAAGAGUCCCUUUGUCUGUUUGCACAGGAAAUCCUUCUGCGGGACAAGUUUUCUGUGAUGAGAAUUUUUCUACGAAAACUUGACAAAUCUAUUAUUAGAAUAUAUUGGGAGUUCGCGAGUCCAUUAACAGUCGACAUAGACAUCCGUGUGUAAUAUGGAAGUAGAAAUAAGAGUUUUCCACUAUCCAAAGAGAGAGUCAUGAUAAUAACGAAUUAUUUAUGAGCGUCUCAUACUUAUCUUGAUUGUUUCUUGUCUCAUUUACAAUUUUUCAACCAAGAAGAACGGCAAUGAUUCAAUAUGUUGUUGUAGUUAGCUCUGUUUGACCUUUGGUUUGAUUUGUACGACACCGUUCAAUUGGGUAUAAAUGAAAGCAAUCCUUU